AUGCUUAGCAAUUGCAAUUGUAUAAUUAGUAAUGGACCAAAUGCUAAAAUAGCAAUUUUUGCGUUUGGAGAUUCAUUAAUUGAUGUGGGAAACAACAACUACAUUGUAACUCUCAGUAGGGCGGAUUAUCCUCCUAAUGGUAUCGAUUUCGGUAUGCCGACGGGAAGAUUUUGCAACGGACGUACCAUGCUUGACAUCUUAGCCCAAGAACUUGGUACAAAAGUUAGCCCACCUUACUUGGCUCCAUACACAAAAGGGCCUGUGAUUCUGCAAGGGGUCAACUAUGCGUCUUCUGGUUCGGGAAUUCUCAACGAGACUGGCCAAAUAUUAAUUGGGAGGAUAAAUUUUGACGCGCAACUGGAUAACUUUGCAAACACAAAGAAUGAUAUAAUCUCCCUUAUAGGAGCAGCAGCAACCGAGGAACUUGUGAAUAAAGCUCUUUUUGCAGUAAAUUUUGGCUCCAAUGAUUUCAUUGCCAACUACUUUGUUCCAGAUAUAAUCAAAGAAUUUUGGCAACCAAAGACACCAUCUCCUGAAGAAUUCACAGAUUACAUGAUAUCAAAAUUAAGACUACAACUUACGAGACUCUUCAAUAUGGGUGCAAGGAAAUUAGUAGUGGCAAAUGUUGGACCGAUUGGCUGUGCGCCUGCUGAGUGAUAAUUGAACGGAAAAGUGGGAGAUCCUAGUUGUGCUGCAUCUCCUAAUCAAAUAGCUCAAUUAUAUAAUGUUCGGUUGAAGAACCUUCUUACAGAGUUAAGCAGCAAUCUUAAGGGAUCAAUAUUCAUUUAUGUUGAUGCUUAUCACAUUUUCAAUGACAUCAUCACUAAUUACCUAUCUUAUGGUUUUGAAGUAGCCGAUAAAGCAUGUUGCACUGAGGGUGGACGUUACGGGCAAAUGAUUCUUUGUAAUCCAACAUCUACAUAUUGCAAAGAUAGAUCAAAGUACGUGUUUUGGGACAUGUUUCAUCCAACUGAAGCUACUAAUUUGGCAAUUGUCAAACGUCUCAUGGAUGGGGAUAUCAAUGACAUUUCACCUAUGAACAUCCGCCAAUUACUCAGCUCAUGA